GUUUAGUGCAUAGGAUUCAAGUAAUUUGGGUACUAGAAGCCUUCAUCUUCUCCACUGUUCCAAAUCUCAUGCUCGUCGAUCGGUUCCAGAGAUAGAGCCAUGAGCGGUGGUUGCAGCAUAAGAGCCAUCUGGAUCCUCAACAGCCUUGAUUCCGUCGUUUUCUCCAGGAGGUUUCCAGUGGUAGAGAAGCGGUGGCAGGCGGCUUGUAAGAACGAGAAUGAGAACGCUAGCGAGGAGAGCUUUAGUUAUGCUGUAUAUUCAUUACUUCCUUCUGACUCGGAAUUGGCUUCUGCAUUUGUGGAGAGAAAGCAAAGGGAGGGAUCCGCACGUGGGUUUGGCAUACGGGUCAGUCAGUCUUCCAAAGGAUCUGAUUCCUGGGUAGAUGAUCCAAUUACACGUCACAUUGUAGGCCUAUACAUAAACAAAGGAGAGGAAGGCGAGAAUAAUCUGCUAUGGCCUUUAAUAUUGCACAUAAAGGGUAAUUAUUUCGUUAUUGUGUUGCCUUUAGUCGAGCCCAGGUAUUUGAAGGCAUAUACAAGGUUAUGCAAAAGAUCUGAUUGUGGAAAUGCCAUUGGAGCAGAUGACAGUUUAUCGUCCCUCUUGCUCAAUCUUCCAUCCAUCACAGGGGCAUUCAUGGUUGCACAUGCUAUUGGUGACAUAAUUUCUGCUGAUGUAGCAGAACCUGAGGUGGUUGUAAGUGCUUCUCCAUCUGUUGGAGGUUUGUUAGAUUCACUAACUGGCAGUAUAGGGAUAUCGGGCAUCUCCUCAAGGGCAAAACCUGUAGCUGCACCAGUUGCAUCUUCCGUACCUUCAAACACUGCUGUAGCAGGAGCUGUUGCCGCAGAUGCUCCAAAGAUUGGUUCUAGGCCUUUGGAUAAAGAUGCACUUCGAACUUUCAUAAGUAGUUCGAUGCCUUUUGGUACACCUUUGGAUCUUAGCUAUUCCAACAUAUUCAUAAUCAAGGUAAAUGGCUUUUCUUCAUCAGAUCUGCCUCCUCCUGAUCUCAAGCAACCAGCAUGGAAGCCAUAUCUUUACAAAGGAAAGCAGAGAAUGCUAUUCACAGUUCAUGAGACGAUUCAUGCUGCUAUGUAUGAUCGAGAUGAAAUUCCAGAUAAUAUAUCAGUUUCUGGUCAAAUAAACUGCCGAGCAGAAUUAGAAGGUUUGCCCGAUGUAUCAUUUCCCUUAACAGGAUUGAACACAGCUCAUGUUGAGGGCUUAUCAUUUCAUCCUUGUGCUCAAGUUCCAGAACAUCAUGCCGAUAAGCAGGCCGUGAUGUUUUCACCACCAUUAGGUAAUUUCGUUUUAAUGCGUUAUCAGGCUACAUGUAGCCUUGGACCUCCCAUUAAGGGAUUUUAUCAAUUGUCAAUGGUCUCUGAGGAUAAAGGUGCAUUUUUAUUCAAGUUGCACCUAAUGGAAGGUUAUAAGGCUCCUCUGACAAUGGAGUUCUGUACUGUGAGUAUGCCCUUUCCUAGGAGAAGGGUUAUAUCCUUUGAUGGGACCCCUUCAAUUGGAACAGUUUCAACUACAGAGCACUCUGUUGAGUGGAAAAUUGUUACUAGUGGACGUGGCCUUUCUGGGAGAAGUAUUGAGGCAACUUUCCCUGGAACAGUUACAUUUGCACCAUGGCAAACCCAAAGAUUGCCUUCCUCUAGGCCAGGUUUUGGAAUCAUAGCUGAUGAAGAUAGUGAUGUUGAGACACAGAAUUCUAAUAAUGUGGUGAAUAUAGAGGAUUUCUUAAUGGAUAAAAUGAGCAAUGAUCUUCCUCCAGCUGAUCUAGAGGAGCCAUUUUGCUGGCAGGCAUACGAAUAUGCUAAAGUAUCAUUCAAGAUUGUUGGGGCAUCACUAUCUGGAAUGUCAAUUGAUCCUAAAGCAGUAAGCAUCUAUCCAGCUGUUAAAGCACCUGUUGACUUUUCGACUCAGGUUACUUCUGGGGAUUAUAUAUUGUGGAACACAUUGGGAAAGUGUCCAUCUGCUGCUGCAGAGAAAGCAUAGGUACUACUGGAAACUCGGAGAUGUAUGAUGACUCUGGUUUUGGUUGCAAGGAUGCUUUGACUGUCCCAUCGACUUAACCGUAAUCUUGCCUUUUAAAGUCCUUAUGCAAAGUGAGCAAGAUACAACUUUGAGAUGGCUGUGCAUUCUGAGCAUAAUAAGCCUCAAUCACUUUUUCACAGAAUGAGUUGAGAACGAAGGGUUAAAAA